AUGUCCGGCCACAUCCUCACCCUCAGCUGCCCCGACAAGCCCGGCAUCGUCCACGCCGUCACCGGCAUCUUCGCCUCAAAGGGCCACAACGUCCUCGACCUGCAGCAGUUCUCCGACCCCGUCACCAACAGCUUCUUCAUGCGCGUGCACUUUGGGCCGGCCCCCGACGCCGCCGACCCCCUGUCCACCGAGCACCUCGAGCCCGACUUCCAGGCCCUCGCCGCCCAGUACGCCAUGAAGUACGCCUUCCGCCCGCUCAAGCGCCGCACGCGCGUCCUCAUCAUGGUGUCCAAGAUCGGCCACUGCCUCAACGACCUGCUGUUCCGCAUGAAGACGGGCCAGCUGCUCAUCGAGGUGCCCAUCAUCGUCUCCAAUCACCCGGACUUUGAGCCCCUGGCCAAGAGCUACGGCAUCGAGUUCCACCACCUGCCCGUCACCAAGGACACCAAGCUGGAGCAGGAGGCCAAGGUGCUGGAGCUGAUCCAGCAGCACAACAUCGAGCUGGUGGUCCUGGCGCGCUACAUGCAGGUGCUGUCGCCUAAAUUGUGCGAGGCCAUGUCCGGCAGAAUCAUCAACAUCCACCACAGCUUCUUGCCCAGCUUCAUCGGCGCAAAGCCCUACCACCAGGCCUUUGACCGUGGCGUCAAGAUCAUCGGCGCGACCGCCCACAUCGUCACGGCCGACCUCGACGAGGGCCCCAUCAUUGAGCAGCGCGUCACGCGAGUCGACCACAGCAUGGACCCCAAGAAGCUGUCUGAGGAGGGAUCCACCGUCGAGACGCAGGUGCUGGCGGCGGCGGUCCGCUGGUAUGCCGAGGGAAGAGUCUUCUUGAACGGACACAAGACGGUGGUGUUUUAG